UAUCUAAAUUAUUACUGUUUGAAGCUGCAUGUCAUAAAGCAAACUAUGUUCAGUACUUUUGUAACAAAAUUUAAAAGAUAUUAAAAUGGGUCACUUACCCAGUAAGGAUACACGGCGCAUCAGUUUUGAUAAUACAUUUGCUAUGAGCACAGCACUAGCUAUUCCCAAGCAAGCUGAUGAUGAAGUUUUAACCAUUAAUACUCUUGAAACGAACAAAUCCAACGAAUUUUAUUACAAAGAGAAAACGACACCCAUCGAAGUGUAUGAUAACGAACAUGACUAUUGGGUGCAACGAAUUGAGUAUCUUAAAAAUGAACAUCAACUAAUAAAUAAAAUUGUGGAGUCGGAAUAUGAAAAAACUAUCGAGGAUACAAAAAAUCUAUUUGAUCCACCGAAAAUAACUCAUGAAAAAAUACAAAAAAUUAGACCGUGCUAUGAAUGGCGCUCUAAGAUGCUAAAAUGCUAUGAAGAUAACCCUCAUCAACCUUUACUUUGUGCAGCAACUGUACAAGCGUUUACAAGUUGUGUUACAGCGUGUCAAAUGGAGGAACAAUAAUUUGCAUCACUUAUUUUUUUUAAAUAUAUUGUUAAUAUUUUACAUUGUAUAGUAAAAAAUAAUACAACUACAUUAUUAUUGUAGCGAUCCUAAAAACCCCCGUGAAAACUGAAUUUCAGUGUUAGUUGUUACUGUAAUAAAAAAGUGAUAAAAUCACAAAAGUUUUUU